CACCUAUCGCGCUGAGGUCGGCUGUUGCCGUGUCGACGUACGUCGUAGCUUGUACAGUCAAUCGAAAAACAUGGCGGUGUUCCUCAGGCAUGGCGUUUUCAAAACAGGGCAACUUAUAUCGUCAAAAAACGUCGUUCCACGCGCUUACGCCACGAAAGCCGAGAAGAAAAAAGGAAUCGACAGAAAAGUAGGCCCGAAAAUCGACUCCACGGCCCAAUCUUUGGCCGCCAAAGGAUUUCUACGCCCUCAAAAAGAUUAUACCCCGCCCAGAGAUGUCCAUCAACUUCUGGAUGCCGUUUUCCAAACCGUUCUGGGCCACGCCAAGGAAGACUUCAAGCUGAGCGACAUUUCCCAAAGAUUCAAAGUGUUCAAGGCUUGUUACGACAAAACAGGGCACAGUAUUCCUAAUUCUUUGCUGUACACCAUCCAGACGUUGAAGGAUGUGAAAACUUUCUACCUCACCCCUGUAGAUACGCGAACUCCGUUGGACAAGAUGCGGAACAUGGAACUCCCGGAGAAUCUGCAUGUGGAGUUUGACUACCACAGGUUCCAUCCAGACAAGGACACUCGAUUUGGUGGUCAAACCGCCUUCAACGGAAGCUCGACCAUCGUCACCGGACUGAAGUAUAAGGACAAGUACCCAGGACAUACGCAAUAUAGAGACCCCAGUGUUUAAAUGUAUUAUAAAAUGAGUUUAUUAAAUUGGAAAAGUUAAAACACGU